UCGCCCAGCCGGGCUGAGUGUGGUGAACAUCCCUCAAGCUGCCUUUAGGAAUGGCUGAAAAAGCCCACACCUGCAAAUCACCCCCUCCCUGCCCCUCCACGGCAGGUUACAUUGGGGAGACUCUCCAGUCAUGAGAGGAAUGAGCCGGGAGUGAGCAAUUCACCAGCGUGCAGCACUGGAUGGGAAGCAGAGACAAGGAUGGACGAGGUUGACAGCCUUCUCGCGAAUGCAAGCAACAUCACUCCUCCCUGCGAACUUGGGCUUGAGAAUGGGACCCUUUUCUGCUUGGAUCGGCCUCACCCUUCCAAAGAGUGGCAGCCGGCGGUGCAAAUUCUCCUGUACUCCCUCAUAUUCCUACUCAGCGUGCUAGGAAACUCACUGGUCAUCACUGUGCUGAUUCGGAACAAGAGGAUGAGAACCGUCACCAACAUCUUCCUGCUGUCCCUGGCUGUCAGCGACCUCAUGCUCUGUCUCUUCUGCAUGCCCUUCAACCUCAUCCCCAACCUGCUCAAGGACUUCAUCUUCGGGAGUGCUGUUUGCAAGACCACCACCUACUUCAUGGGCACCUCGGUGAGUGUAUCCACCUUUAAUUUGGUAGCGAUAUCCCUGGAGAGAUACGGUGCGAUUUGCAAACCCUUACAGUCCCGUGUCUGGCAAACAAAGUCCCACGCUUUGAAGGUGAUUGCCGCUACCUGGUGCCUCUCCUUCACCAUCAUGACUCCGUAUCCCAUCUAUAGCAACUUGGUGCCUUUUACCAAAAGUAACAACCAGACCGCAAACAUGUGCCGCUUUCUCCUGCCCAAUGACGUCAUGCAGCAGUCCUGGCACACAUUCCUGUUACUCAUCCUCUUUAUUAUUCCUGGAAUUGUGAUGAUGGUGGCAUAUGGAUUAAUCUCUUUGGAACUCUACCAAGGAAUAAAAUUUGAAGCUAGCCAGAAGAAAUCUGCUAAAGAAAGGAAACCGAGCACCAGCAGCAGCGGCAGGUUCGACGACAGCGAUGGCUGCUACCUGCAGCGGCCCCGGCGCCCGGGGAGGCUGGCGCUGCGGCCCCUGUCCACCAGCAGCAGCAGGGUCAGCCGCGUCCGGAGCAGCAGCUCCGCCGCCAACCUGCUGGCCAAGAAGCGGGUGAUCCGCAUGCUCAUCGUCAUCGUGGUCCUCUUCUUCCUGUGCUGGAUGCCCAUCUUCAGCGCCAACGCCUGGCGCGCCUACGACACGGCCUCGGCCGAGCGCCGCCUCUCAGGGACCCCCAUCUCCUUCAUCCUGCUGCUCUCCUACACGUCCGCCUGCGUCAACCCCAUCAUCUACUGCUUCAUGAACAAGCGCUUCCGCCUGGGCUUCUUGGCCACCUUCCCCUGCUGCCCCCGGCCCGGCCCACCAGGGGCGCGGGGCGAGGUGGGGGAGGAGGAGGAAGGCAGGACCACCGGGGCGUCGCUGUCCAGGGGCUCCUACACCCACAUGAGCCCCUUGGCGCCGCCCCAGUGAUGUCCUGGGCCUGGACCUGGGCAGCAGCUGGGGGCGAGGAGGAGAAGGAAGGGGAGG